GAUUUACUUUCAGUUGUGCAUCAACAUUCUGUCCGGCAAGUAAUUAAAAGUGUUUAGCCGGUCGUAAAUAAAUAAAUAAAAAACUCAAUCAAUCAAAAUGCAAUAUUUUGUGACGUAUACGGUUUGGAUUUUCGGUUGUUUUAUUUUUGUCGCCAGUCAGAGUUAUUACUCCAUUAUUGCACCGGGACACAUCAAAUCGAAUCGUAAAUAUUCAGUAUUGGUAUCGCUGAACGAUGCACCGGAGACGGCAAAAAUACGCCUCUGCAUUAGGGGUCCAUCGUAUCACAUGCAGACCGAUACCUAUGUACAGCCAUUCGAAAGUAAGGUAGUCACUUUUUUACCGAAAAAAUUGAUGAGCGGUGAACAUAAAUUAAUUGCCGAAGGUCUGAGCGGCAUUCGUUUUCGUAAUGAGAGUGUGUUGGUGGCAUUUCCCGGCGAUGGGCCAAAAAUUUACAUACAAACCGAUAAGGCUGUUUUCAAGCCGGGCGAUGAAGUACAAUUUCGCGUGGUCAUAUUGGAUGAGCAUACUCGGCCGUUUAAGAUUUCCGAACCGAUACGUGUCGAAAUAACGGAUGGCAAAGACAACCGUGUUAAACAAUUCAAAGACAUUGCCCUGGUGAAGGGUGUCUACAAAAACAAGUUUCAGCUCUCGCAGUAUCCAGUUAUGGGUGAUUGGUAUAUAAAGGUCUAUAUUAGCGGCAAGUAUGAUUACAGCCAUACCAAACGCUUUCGAGUGCAAAAAUAUGUCCUGCCCAAAUUCAGCGUUUACAUUGAAACCGAUGGAGACCUGAUUCCGGGCAAAAAGACCAUUAAUGCCGUGAUAUACGGCAAGUACACCUUUGAGAAAUAUGUUGAGGGUGACGUAAAGUUAAAGCUGGUGGAGAACCUAAAUGAUUCGGUCUUAGAGGAAAAAGAAUUCUAUCUAAAAGAUAGACUCGAAGUUGCGUUCGACGUGAGUAAUCAUCCAAUACUGCCGCUUGGGAUAAGUAUGCGUCUCAUUGCCGAAUUGACUGAAAAACAUACGGGGAUUACUCGAAGUGAUAGUGCCCACAUUGGGGUGCACAAGAACCCCUUCAAUAUGUAUGUCGAUUCGGACUCUAUAGUAUUCGCCAAAAAUAAACCAUAUCGUCUGAAACUUACCGCUAAAAAUUGGGAUGGAUCAGCCAUUGAAGAUCACAAGGUGCCGGUACGGAUGCAACAUGGCGCCAGGGAGUAUAGCGCCUAUUUGGAUAGCAGAGGCGAGGCAGUCUUUCAGUUUGAGCAUGAGAAGAACUCGAAUCAUGUAUUUAACUACAAAAACGUAACAUACACGCUGUCGAAUAUUUUCGAAUAUGAACCGUUGACGACGAACAAAACUGAAUCGUAUUUUGAGCUGCGCGUUGUGAAUGAGGAUCUUCGUUUGGACACCCCGGUCAGACUUGAAGUAGUCUCCACAAAGGACAUGCCAUAUUUGGUAUAUACGAUUGUUGCCCAUGCCAACAUAAUAAUUUGUGAUCGUGUAAAUUUCUCGCCAAGCCAGAAAGACUACGUCAUCGAAAUAAUUCCCUCCAUAGAGAUGGUACCCUACGCCUUUGUCUAUGUGCACUACAUUGAUGAUGGUAAUUUACGUUACGAGGAAAUCAAAUUGAAAUUUCCAUUGGAGUUUGAAAACAAGGUUUCAAUAAUGGCGCCCAAACAAGUCAAACCCGGCCAAGAGGUUACCCUUGAGCUGGCUGCCCAACCAAAAUCAUAUGUUGGCAUUUUGGCUGUAGAUUUGGGUGUAUAUCUUUUGGACUCAACAUAUGAUUUGAAUAAAUGGCCCAUUUUGUAUUCGUUGUUGUACGACACAUCUGGGGUAGCUUUUCAGGCCCUGAUCUAUCCUGGAUAUUUGUCGGGGGUGAUUACGUUCACAAAUGCCCAUUACAAGUUUGUGCCAUUAAAUGGUUUUAAGGCAUAUAGUCCAGCCGCAAAUACACCCCUUAAAUUUCGUAGAAAAUUUCCCGAAACAUGGAUUUUUGAGAACUAUGAAAUAACCAAUGACAUCACAAAAAUCUCCUUAAAUAUCCCCGACACCAUCACGACAUGGCGCGUUACGGCAUUUUCGGUAAAUGAAAAAACCGGUUUUGGUAUUGUCGAAGGUCCGACGGAUAUCACCACCAUACAACCGUUUUUCAUCAAUCUCAAUUUACCGUACGCGGUGAAGCGCGGUGAAAUUGUCAGCAUACCGGUGCUGGUGCACAACUACCAUGACGAAAGUUUAGAAACCGAAAUUACGCUCUUCAAUGAAGAUUCCGAAUUUUAUUUCAUGGAAUCGUCUAUUUUCAAUGCCGACGAAGGUUCGACGGACAAGAUGAGAAUCAAGCGGCACACAGUUACGGCGAACAAUGUUAGUACUGUCUCCUUUUUGAUAAACCCCCGGCAGGUGGGCGAGUUGAAACUUCGUAUUACAGCAACAACACGCCUCUCAUCCGAUGCUGUGGAACAAAAACUCAAAGUGGAACCGGAAGGUGUAAGGAAACAACAAAAUAAGGUGCUAUACAUCAAUGCCAUGCCCGAAGAACGAGUGGAGGCCACUUUUCCCCUACACAUUCCCACCGACAUAGUGCCCGAUUCGGAAUUUAUUACCCUAACAAUGGGCGGUGAUAAUAUUGCACCUACCCUAAAGAAUCUCAAUGAUCUGGUGGCCAUGCCCACAGGUUGUGCCGAACAAAAUAUGGUUAAUUUUGCUCCAAACGUUUUGGUGCUGCAAUAUUUAAGGGCAACGGGUAAAUAUGGCAAGGAACGAUCCUUGGCAGCCAAGGCGAAACGUUAUAUUGAAAUUGGUUUCCAACAACAGAUGUCAUAUCGUCAUGGGAAUGGAGGUUACAGUGUUUUUGGCCCAAGUCGAGAUGCCGAACCCAGUACAUGGUUGACGGCCUAUAUUGUGCGAUUUUUUAUAAAAUCUGCAAAAUAUUUAUCCAUGGAAGCGCACAUCGUUGAGAGUGGUCUCUCAUACCUCGCCAGCACUCAACACAUGGAUGGCAGUUUUCCCUAUACCGGUUAUGUGUUCUAUCCGGCACAACAGAAUCGUUUUGGAUUUACGGCCUUUGUUCUGAUGACAUUCCUGGAGGAUGCGAAAUAUGUCCAAAAAUAUAAGACAGCAAUCGAAAAAGGAUUAAAGUUUCUCGAUGAGAGCGUAGAUAAAACAGACGAUGUCUACGCUCUCUCCAUUAUGGCUCUCACACUCCAAAUGGCUAGGCAUUCGAGUGCCACAAAAGUCCUUGAAAAACUUAUGAAAUUCAAACAAAUGUCCGACGACAGAGUUUGGUGGUCUCAGAGCGAUCACAACAAUGCCAAGGAUGUUGAAAUAACUGCCUAUGUUUUGAUGGCAAUGCUGGAGGCCAAUGCCGAUUCAAAAUCCACUAAAAACAUAUUCAAAUGGUUGACAGAACAGCGAAAUGAACGCGGUGGCUUUAAGUCUACCCACGACACUGUGGUGGGUCUGCAGGCCUUGGUUAAAUAUUCCAUGAAAUAUAACUCGAUUGCAAAUUUAAAUGUCCGGGUAAAAUACACGGCGAAAAAUCAUAAGGCCGAGUCGUUGAAAUCCGGUGAAAUUGUGGUGGACAGCAAUAAUGUGAUGAUCUUGCAAACUGAAGAGCUACCCCGAAACACCCGUGCCGUGGAGAUAGAAGCCAGUGGCCAGGGGAAUUCCUUGCUACAGCUGUCUUAUCAUUAUUAUGUGGUGAACGAUGAAAAUUAUCAACAUUUUCGCAUAGAACCGAAAACAAAAAUGCUAAACCCUGAGGAAAUGUUUUUGGAAAUUUGUUUCAGCUAUAAAGGCGAAAAAUCUGCUGUCGCCGGAGCCACCAAUAUGAUCAUUAUGGAGGUGAAUCUGCCAUCCGGUUUUACCACCAACGACGAGGACAGUAGUGAUUUGUUGGAAAAUGAAAUUAUUCAAAGGCUCGAAUCGAAAAAUGAUGAAACUACCCUCGUUAUCUAUUUUGAAAAGUUGACGGCGAACGUACGGAAUUGCUUGAAUAUUUUGGCCAACAAGGUGCAUGAUGUGAUCCUGCACAAGCCAGCCUCAAUUACCAUUUAUGAUUACUAUAAUAUAAGUCGUCACGACACGGCUUUCUAUGGCCUGGAGAGCGAUAAAAU